AUGGUGCCAGCAGGAGAAAAUAACCUGCAACUUUCCUUUCCUGUUCAAUCAUGGCCUGAUAACUUAGCCUGGGACUAUGAUUAUCAUUAUGAUUAUGAUUUCCCCAUGCAAACUACUCACACCUCUUUUGAUUAUUAUUAUUCUUUUCCCCUCAUGGACAUGUUUCUCAUCAACGAUCCUCUAUAUUCCCAAUCCAUCAUCCAAGGAGGAAGUUCAGUAGUGUAUGGUGAUGAUGAGGGAGUGGAAGAGCAGGAGAAGAUGGUGUUAUUGGGGGAUGACGAUGAAUAUCACAGUAACAAUGGUGGAGGGAAUAAGAAGAAGGGUAGAAAUAAUGAUUGUUCAAAAAUGUUGUGCAGAGAAACAAUUUCCAAGUAUUUCUAUAUGCCAAUCACAAAGGCUGCCAGAGAACUCAACGUUGGGUUGACAUUGCUGAAGAAGAGAUGCCGGGAGUUGGGGAUUCGCCGGUGGCCUCACCGGAAGUUGAAGAGUCUCCAAACCCUAAUCGGAAAUGUUCAGGUGCUGGGGAAGGGUGAAGAAGAGGAGAAGUUGAGAGAAGCCGUAGAGUUGUUGGAGAAGCAGAAGAAAGAGAUUGAAGAGAGUCCAGAUAUGGAGAUGGAGGACACCACUAAAAAGCUCAGGCAAGCUUGUUUCAAGGCUAACUAUAAGAAGAGGAAGCUUACCGUCGCCGCCGCCGGAAUGCCGUCGUCGCCGUCAUCUGCGGCCGCCAUUUCAGCUGGAGCUACUGCUACUCUUGAUUAUGAUGAGGAAGAUUAA